GUGUUUAACUUGACAACUUUAAUUUGACUUAACAAGUUGGCACUUGCGCUUGCAAUUUAAUAUUUAUUGAGUUCUAGAUUUUACGUUGAAUUAGUUUGUAAAUAUCGUAACACAAAUUAAUAAAAGAAAAGAAAAUGGAUAUAACACCACUAUUCAAAGCUUGUAUAAAAACCGUAAAGACACGGAAUAAAACAUUCGGUAUUCAAAGUCCUAGUAAUGAAGAUAAGCAACGAUUACACAGAACAAAACCGAAAAGCGAAUUUACUUUAACCGCACAAGAUAUUACUUGCCAAAUUACACUAUUAAGAGAUUUUUUAUUGGAGCACAGAUCAAGAUAUUUGAGUUUUUUUAACAAUGAGACUGGAGAUGAGAUGAGUGACGCUGAGAGGGAUCAAAUCGAUACUGGUGCUCAGAGAAUUAUCAAUACAUGUUCACACUUGCUAAAGGAGUUCAGAAAUGAUAACCGUAAGGUGGCUGUUUCACCACAAAUGAGGGACUUUAUGGAUGCAGUAAUAGACUUAAUUGAUACAUAUUUGAAAGCUGUUUGCAAAAUCCACAGUGAACUUAAAGCUUUAAGAGUAAAGAGAGCUCUCGAUAUUCGUAAAUUAUCCCGUCUUGAACCUCCCACAACAAAGUCUUCAGUUAGGAAUCGUUUCAAUCCCAAAAAAACUGAAGAAAAUAUUGAGGAAAAAGUUUUUAACAGUACUGAGUCAGAUGAGACUGAUUUAUUGAAGACCAAAAUGGACUUAUCGGAGAGUGAAAUGGCAAUAAUGUCCGAUGAAGGUGAAUUGGAUUCUGAAGAGCUACAGAUGUUUGAAUCUGAAAAUGUUCAACUGUUAAAUGAACUUAACAGUAUGACCGAGGAGGUGAAACAAAUUGAGAGUAAGGUGCUGCAUAUUGCAGAAUUACAGGAAAUAUUCACUGAAAAGGUUCUUCAACAAGAGCAAGAUAUAGACAGGAUAUCGAAUACAGUUGUGGGUGCAACGGAAAAUGUUAAAGACGCCAAUGAACAAAUCAAACAAGCGAUACAAAGAAAUGCCGGACUACGAGUUUACAUUCUAUUCUUCUUACUAGUCAUGUCUUUCACUCUGCUAUUCUUAGAUUGGUACAAUGAAUAAAGUAUUAAA